CAGAGGGCUGAUGUAAUCGUACUUACGACAUACUCUAGGUAUCUUUCAACAGCGACCUUGUAAAUAUUCUUUUACAUUCUAUCGUUAAUUUCAUGACUCCUUGCUAUCUGGUCAACGAGAUAAACACAUCUAUUGUUGCGAAAGCACCGUCCGAGUCUAUAUAACCUCCAAGGAAUCAAGAAAUCAAGAAACACUAUUCGAACUUCCAGAUCUUUGUUCUCCUUGAUACCUUACAGGUAUCCGAUUUCCUUCCUAUGGCUACCAACGUCAAGGUUGUGGGGACAGACCUCAAGCAGGUGACUAUCAAGGUCAACCCAGGCACCUACUUGACAGAUGUCUUGGAGCAGGCCUGCGAGAAGCUCAAGGUCCCUUCAAGCAAGUAUUUAUUAAAGCAUAAGCAAAAACAACUAGACCUCUCAAACACAUGGCGAACCUCUGGUCUCGUACCCGGCGCGAAGCUCGAACUUGUCGUCCGUUCUAAUACACCCACCGCGAUCAACGUCGCAUUGCAAUUUCCGCCCCCCGAGUCGAACCUAUUCCCACCGUCAGGCCGAGUUACGGAGAAGCUGCCAAGCGACUUUACGCUAUGGAAGUUGCUGCGCCAGUUCGAGAGUGGCAAGUCUGGCCAAGGGAAGAACUUGAACAUCACGGGCAGAGGGGUGGCGCAGACGAGUAAUGGCACGGCUGCGGGUAGUGGGCAGUUAUACUAUGAGACGCCAGUCUUGACGAUCGAGAACAGAACGUUGUCCACCUUCGCCGACUUCCAGAAGACUCUGUCGCAAUUAGGAUAUAAUUCGGGGAGUGUCCUGAUACGCCUGUCUUUCCGCAGAACUGAUGUCACCUUGGUUGAUGCUAUGGCGGAGAUGAGCCGUCACUUCAAGGCAGAGGAAGAGGAUCGGAAAGCAGAAGAAUCCAAUGUCGGGUCUACGACAAACAACGAGACGAUUAGUUCGCUUGAUGCUAUACCUCCUAAUGACGCACCAAGCAUCCCCUCGGUGGAUAACCCAGAAACAGAAACACCUCCCUCUGUUCACGAGAAUAACACAGGCCCUUCUACCGCACAAGAGCCCACAACAGACGCCGAUGCCAUGGACGUCGACGUUCCAUCCGCCGACCACCGUCCCGUUACCAUCUUUUCCGCACCAACAUCAGGCACUCCAGUUGCGGCAUUGCGAACUGAUUCAGACGAUGCUUUCGCUCCGCGUAUCGAACACGCACAGGCCCACCAACGACUUCUCAAGACCGCAGGAGAAAACAAGCGUCUUCUCUCAGACCAAGAGCUCGAAGCGAAAGCCGCGGCCGAGGCUGCUAGAGUAUCAGCCGUCAAGUCCAUCCGGAUCAAAGUCCGCUUCCCGGACAACUUUUCCGCGGAGUGGCCCUUCGGCCCCGACGACACCGGUGCGGCGCUGUACGCGGAGGUUAGAAAGAUAAUGGCCAACGAUACGGCGCCCUUCAAACUAGCGCUUCCUCCCGGAAAGGUAGUGAUCAAGGACGACAGCAGCCCGGCGAGCAAGCUCAUCGGCGGAUAUCGGUUGAGUUCUAAUACGUUAGUCAACUUUAUGUGGGAUGAAAGGGUACCCAUCGAAGUCCGGGGGCAGCCUUUCCUGAAGGGCAGUGCUGCUGGCCAAGCUCAACAAGUAGUUGUGCCGGAAGAACCACCUGAUGUUGUGGGUGAGGCAGGCCCUAGUUCUUAUGUACCAACACCGGCGCCCAAACCGAGCUCUGGAGGAGAUAGUUCUGGUUUUAAGAAACCGAAGUGGUUGAAAGGGCUUGGUGGUAAAAAAUAAAAAGGGCAUUAUUGAACGAGGAACUUAAGCAUUUACUAGUCUGCUAGAACGGUGACGAUCGCAUUGUAUGGAGUUCUGGCUGCAUUAUGGAGUUGUCGAGCAAAUCAAAUGCCGUACUGAUUAUCAACGAAGAUGAGGGU